AUGAAGAAUAUAGUUGAGCCCGCCAACACGGCUGCCCCUGCGGUGAAGGCUGCGCAAGGGUGGUGGGUCCUGGCGCUGGGCCUGCGGAGGGCUGUCUCGCGGCUUCCAGGGCUAACCCAGGUGAGGUGGAGCCGCUAUGGUCCUGAAUACAGGGAUCCACAGAUUGGCAAGGAGUAUUACCGCAAGGCCUUGGCUGAGCUGACUGAGGAGGAGAAGUAUGAAAGGAAGGAACUCAGGAAGACUCAGCUUAUCAAAGCUGCCCCAGCAGCGAAAACAAGCUCUGUGUUUGAAGACCCCGUGAUCAGUAAAUUCACCAACAUGAUGAUGAAAGGAGGAAACAGAGUACUGGCCAGAUCCCUCAUGACGCAGACUCUGGAAGCUGUGAAAAGGAAGCAGUUUGAGAAGUACCAUGCUGCUUCCGCCGAGGAACAGGCAACCAUCGAGCGCAACCCCUACACCAUCUUCCACCAAGCACUGAAAAACGGUGAGCCUGUGAUAGGGCUGAUGCCCAUUCUCAGAGGCGGCCAUUUCUACCAGGUCCCUGUGCCACUUCCCGACCGGCGUCGUCGCUUCUUGGCCAUGAAGUGGAUGAUCACUGAGUGCCGGGAGAAGAAGCACCGGCGGAUGCUGAUGCCGGAGAAGUUAUCACAUGAGCUGCUGGAGGCUUUUCACAACCAGGGCCCUGUGAUCAAGAAGAAGCAUGACAUGCACAAGAUGGCGGAGGCCAACUGUGCCCGGGCUCACUACGGCUGGUGGUCGAGGGAGGCUGGGGGCUCUCUGCUGCCGGAUCGUGGGAGCCACUGUCACAGCGGAAAACCCUUGAGCAAUGAUCCCACCUCCCCUCAGUCUCGUGGCUCCUCCUCGCCCUGGUAUGAUGCCAGCACCCCAUAUGGGGGGCCCUCCCAUGAUGCCAAUGAUGGGCCUUCCUCCUCCUGGGAUGACACCAGUGGGACCUGCUCCUGGAAUGAGGCCACCUAUGGGGGGCUACAUGCCAAAGAUGCCUAG